GUGCUCGCUGGUCGUCAGUCGGAGGAACAUCGCCACCCUCAGCUCCAGGUGGGUGGGAGACCAACACGGACUGAGUGUGCAGUGUGCGGCGGAUAGUCUCAGACGAGCAGCUGUCGGAACCCAUAGGCCACCCAGGUAUAACGGCAGAGACACAGCAGCGCCAUGGCUCGUCUGCUGUUCGCCACUCUCGCCGCCGCGCUGGUCGCCAUGGUAACCGCCCGGAUGGCGUACGAGCUGUCUGACGGCGCAGAUAGCAUCGUGCCCAACCUGGUACAGUCGUUCAGCUGCGACGGCCGCGCCUACGGCUACUACGCCGACGUCAGCAACGACUGCCAGCUGUUCCACAUCUGCGUGCCCGUGCUGGGAGCUGACGGAGAGGUGCUGUCCACCGACCAGUACAGCUUCCUGUGCGGCAACCAGACCAUCUUCGACCAGGCCACGCUCACGUGCAACUACCCGGUGGACUCGCUGCCCUGUGAGGACGCCGAGUCCAUGUACUCGCUGAGGAACGACGAGUUCUUCAGGAAGCUGGACGGCAGCGAGGCGUGAAGGCCGUGACGGGGUGUGUCGCCGCAGCUAAACCGUGAACCACCUGGCGAGCGCCGUGUGUGCAUGUUCAUGUCAGUUGGUUUGGUUUGUUGGAGAGACGAGGCUGACAUCAUGACGUUCAUUUCAUAGCACAUCAGCCAGACUGAUCGAGCUCGACUUGUGUCAAAGUUCGGUGCAUGCCGGACCUGCGUCAUUGAUAAAGGUGAUCAGCAUUUGUGUAGGAAGGCGCAGCACUGUUCCCGAUUUGUCCGACCGUUUACUCUGCCAAACAUCUUUAAACCUUCCUGUCUUUGUUCUAUUCGUUUGAGCCAAAUUAAUCUUUUCCAAUUCAAGACAUGCAUGCUAACCAUUAUUGAACGGGAUUCCAUGCGAUAAUUUUGUAUCCAAAUGAUAUUUUGUAUGUGAUUCAAGUGUAUUUUGACAUUGUACUUCACUGAACAGAGCAUUAUGAAUUGAUGUGUGCUGGCGGCACGCAAUGAGUGAUUCAUAUUUCAUAUGAACUUCUGAAUUGUAAUAAAGAAAUCGAUGAGUGAA